GAAGCAUCCAUGACGUGAUUAUUUACUCGCCCUUAACAUACAGAUAUAAGAACAACCCUCUAAGCGCCAAGACUCCUCCCAUCUUUUGCUAGGGAAAUACAAAGAUACCUCAUCUGUUAUUUCUACCGAUCAAUUAUUGCCAACCUUAACAAUGUCGGGUUAUGCACAGAACGAGCGUGGCCAGGGCAUGUCUCACGCCACAGCCCCCUCUAAACUCUCCGAAGGUAUUCAGCGACAAAUGCCUAAGGGUCUUGAACAUGCUCUUCCUGAAUCUAUUCACCCCACUGAGUCUACGCCUGGCUCAUCCGGCGGCAUCUCAUAUGCGAAGGGCGGCGAGGCAUCCCUACUACCACAAAAAGGUCAGGAAGGUUUGCCUGAAGGAGUGAAGAGAGCCAUCCCCAAUGCUACCCAUGAUACUGGAGACAAAGGCAAUGCGAAUGACAAGCACUGAAGCGGUUACUGGGUUUGCGGUCUGGUAUCUUGCAAGAUGAUCAAGAACACCCGGAGGUAAUGAGUUGUAGGAACAUGAGGAGAAAAUGAUUUAUUGCAAUUUCC